AUGAAGUUGUCCUGUCCAAGAGUGAAACUCCCCAGCAUCAACACGCGAUAUCGAUAUGGGAUCAUCGAUAUUCACACCCAGACAAUUUCGUGUCAGCCUCCGGCGCAGGGGCACAAGCCCCAUGUCCAGUCUCAACCGCCCCUUGCCAUGAUGCCGACAGGACCACUUCUUCGAUCCCUGCUUUUCACGUCGAUCAUGUCCUCGCCGCUCUUGAACCCAUGCUUGUACAUGCUAACACGUGUGGUUAAUUCCACUUCUCCAUUUUUGGAUCCCUCGCAGAACCCACUGGUGAACUACCUUCUCCGGACGACCAUAUACAACCAUUUCUGCGCGGGCGAAAAUGAACACAAAGUACAGCAGACGGUACACGGUAUCAAGACACUAGGUUUCAAAGGUGUUAUUAUGGGAUAUGCAAAGGAAACGGUCGUCAAGGAAGAUGAAAAUACAGCAGCGUUGACAAGCCAGGAAGAGGCGUCUUUCCGGUCUGUUGAGGAAUGGAAACGCGGGAAUUUGCGUACUCUUGGUAUGAUUGGUACAGGUGAUUAUCUUGCUGUCAAAUUCACCGGCGCCGGUCCAAUCGCCCUCAAUGCGCUGGCUAGUGGAGACGCAAUGCCGCAGUGCAUAUACCAGGCCAUGCGGGAGAUUUGCCAGACAGCUGCAGCUCAGAACUCGAGACUUUGGAUUGAUGCAGAACAACAAGUUUUCCAAGCUGCCAUCGACGAUUGGACGAUCGAGCUCAUGCGCGAGUUCAACCGCGGUGCUAGUCCAGUAGUCUUUAAUACUAUACAGGCGUAUCUAAAAGAUUCCGCGGCUAAUGUACAGCGUCAUCUACUCAUGUCCAAACAGGAAGGAUGGAAACUUGGUAUCAAAUUAGUCCGCGGAGCAUACAUAGCCCAUGACCGCCGAGAUUGCAUUCACGACACCAAACCCGAAACAGACGCAAACUACAACUGCAUCGUCGAAAACCUCCUACAACGCAAAUACCCACUCCCAGCCAACCAAAAAGCAACCAAAUUCCCCGAUAUCCGCCUCUUCGUCGCCUCACACAACUCUGAAACAGUUCGAAAAGCAUACACCCUACACCGUCAGCUGAUCAUUUCCGGAGUCCCCACAAUCCCAGUCGAAUUCGGCCAGCUGCAGGGAAUGGCUGAUGAGAUUGGCUGCGGGCUUGUGCAGCAGAAUCGGAUAGACUCCCGAGAUGAUGCACCCGGGGUGUUUAAGUAUUUGGCGUGGGGGACGACGGAGGAGUGUUUACAUUAUUUAUUAAGGAGGGCGGUUGAGAAUAAGGGUGCUGUGCAGCGGACGAGGGAUAUGGCAGUGGCGUUGAGAAGGGAGUUGUGGAGGAGGUUGUCGUUUUCUAUUUAA